UACGAGUACAAUAUCAAUGUAUCGAUACAGGGCAGCCGCCCCCAAAUAGGUAUGGCACCGAUAGCGACGCAGUACAUUUUUAAAUGUUGAGCAAUAAAAAAUAACAAAGACCCCAGCAAUCGUCGUGACUGCGCGGACAAAGGGGAAAGACGUGGAAAAAUGCAGAGAUCGCGGCCAGUGCAUUUAACAAUGUGGAGAAGUAUCGAUGCGUAAAAAACCAAAUGCGGCAGCCCCAGCCAUCAAGACCCACGCCAACACCUCAAUAGAAAAAGUAGCAGCAACAGCCAACAAAAAUAUAUAACAGAGAAAUCAAAAUAAAAGGCAGCAGCCCCUUUGCGACGUUUCUGAUUGCGCUGGAUUGUGUGUGUGAGAGUUGACGUAUGCGGAUGAAGGAGCCGUGCAACAGGAAACGGAAAGAAGGAGAAUAACACCACAAACGGGAACCGGAACAGCAAUAAAAACAUUUACAAUAUACAACAAAUACAAAGAUAGAAAGAAACAAAGAAACAAAUACACAAACACCGCCUUAGCCUUAGUAAAAUACAACGACAAGAAGAGGACAAGAGAUCGAGAUCGACCUCAGCAAAAGCACUAUCUUAACCUUAUCAAAUCCAAAAUUCAAAAGUCAAUCAAAAGCUAAAGCUACAAAUAUGUCGUCACCCAGUGCUGGAAAGCGUCGCAUGGACAAUGACGUGAUCAAACUGAUUGAAUCAAAACACGAGGUCACCAUUCUCGGGGGCCUCAACGAGUUCCAUGUGAAAUUCUUUGGCCCGUCGGAAACACCCUACGAGGGCGGUGUGUGGAAGGUUCGCGUCUAUCUGCCGGAUAACUAUCCCUUCAAGUCGCCGAGCAUUGGGUUCGUGAACAAGAUCUACCAUCCGAACAUUGACGAGUCGUCUGGCACGGUCUGUCUAGAUGUGAUCAAUCAGGCCUGGACGGCCCUGUACGACCUAUCGAACAUAUUCGAGUCGUUUUUGCCGCAGCUGCUCACAUAUCCGAAUCCGGUGGAUCCGCUCAAUCGGGAUGCCGCCGCCCUGUACCUGCACGAGCCGGAAGAGUACCAUCGCAAGGUGGCCGACUAUGUGCAACGCUAUGCCACCGAGGAUGCGCUGCGGGCGGCGCAACAGGAGCGAGAGAGCAGCGAUAGCGAGUCGAGCAUGUCCGACUACAGUGAGGAUGAGGCCCGGGACAUGGAGUUAUAAUAUCGGUUUAACUCUAAUCAAAUACCAUUAACAUUAACGACAAAUGCCUAAUACUAAUGCUUUAGCGCAGCUCUUCUCUCUCUCUCUCUCUCUCGCUCUGCAUCUCUCCCUUUUUGAGUAUGACGAUGACGAUCUUUCAAACCAGCAAAUCAACAGCAAACGGCAACAAAAUUAUAAAUAUAUACAUAUAUAUAUAUAUAUAUAUAUAUAUAUAGGAAUGAUAAUUGAAUUUUAAGAUAGAGAGUGAGGCGACAAUGCACAUGCAUACCAUAUGUAUGUAUAUAUAUAUAUAUACAUAUAUAUACAACAUAUAUAAAUAUAUAUAUAUAUAUAUACAUAAAUUUAUAUUUAUUAAUGUAAGCGCAAACAAAACAAGAUUUGAAAACUCUUAGUUAAGCCAUUUAGUAGCUGAUAAAAAACAAAAAACAAAACGAUGACAAAGAAACGUCUAAGAUCUGACCAGGGAGUAAAGGAUCUCGUAUCGAAACAGAAACGGAAACGGAAAGGAUCAGUUACGAAAAGAACAUAACGGAGCGGAGUAUCAAUAUUAAAUGGAAUGAAAUGGUUCUAAUAAGUAAAGUACACACGCAAUACAAUGUCGGGGAGUAAGGCCGAGUCGGGGCCAGACAGACACAAAGGCAACAACAACAAAAAUAGUGGAUCAAAAUAAAAUAACUGAAAUCGGAACAAAUCGGAUAAUGAUGAAACAAAAAUUGCUUUUGGCCUUGGUCUGGCACUAAACAGACGAUGACGAUAACCAUAACCAUAAACGAUAAACGAUAAAGGAGAACGGAUAACGGAUAACGAGGACGAGGCCCGAUCUUUCAAAAUAUAGCAAUUAAGCAGUGCAAGAAGUGCAAACGUAUCGAGAUGAAAUACAGUUACCACCAUCCACAGCAAGUUCUGUAUCAUUAUCCCACAUCGCAUCCCCCAAAGGCCCCACAAAACCCAGAUAGUAUAUUUUAACGUAACCCCCGUAAAAGGAUUGCUUCUGAGUACGAGUAGAUCAACGAAGUGUGCGAGUAUUUUAAAAUUUAUGUUAACUUGCUUGUGUUUUGGUUUGCCUUAUUGGCGCCAUCAUCUUAUAGGACUUUCCAAUUCAACACAAUUCGCAAUAUAGUUAUACAAAACGUAUAGACGUACUCGUAUGUAGAAAGCAAAUGAAACUUUAAUGUUGAAAAGUGAAAAUUGAAAGUUGAGAGCCCAAAACGCAGAAUCCAAUCUGACUUAGCAGCCUUGGCCCUGCCCGAAAAGUAAAUGAUCGUAAGCGUACAUAGAACUAGUAGACAACCAAGACAAAUCCUAAAAGAAUUGAAGCAUUAUGAGAUACAAAUAAACGUUGCAGUUCUUUUCUUGUUAAUUAAUAUUAUCAUACGGUUAUUAUGUAAUGUUUUAAAAUAGGAUUCUAAUUGAGCGUGUAAUUAAAUGCAAUAACUUUUAUGCCUAACUUA